UUUUUUGGCUUCUCUUCUUUUAUCCGUUUUAAAAAAUAUAUUUUCAUUUCUCUAUCUCGUCGUCCUCCUUUGAUCUUAAAUCAAAUAAUUAGAAACAGGACGACGAGAGAUCAUUAGAGAAAAGGUAAGGUAAAAAACCAUAAUAGCCCAUCAAAAUAUUUAAACCCUUCACAUUUAUGACUAUCAUUGAAUUUGAUUGUUAACAUCAAAAUUCAAUAAUAAGUAAACAAUGACAGAACUCUUCCAAUUGCUACAAAUCAAUAUAAUUUCAGCCCGAGACCUCGCAACGGUAUCUAGAUCCAUGAACACUUAUGUUGUUGGGUGGGUCCACCCGGAAAGAAAAUUGAUAACCCGAGUCGACCACAAAGGAAAUAAUUGCCCCGAAUGGAACGAUAGGUUCAUAUUUCGGGUCACACCCGAUUUCCUUUCCUCCAACUCUUCAAAGGUAGAGAUUGAGAUUUACAGCCAAGCUUGGCUACGUGACAAUCUCGUCGGGUCGGUUCGAGUAUCCAUUGCUAGCCUACUACCCACAGACGGCCCAAUCGGGUCUACCCGUCGAACUGUUGACCUCCAAAUUCGUCGUCCAUCGGGCCGACCGCAAGGAAUCCUUAAUGUCGUCGUCUCGGUCUUAGAUGGCACUAGGCGAAGCAUGCCGCUCUCUAGGGUCGGUAUCCAAGACGACAAGGGUACCCGACCCAAACCCGAAGGAUCCAGCGUCUUACGCCGGUCGAAGAGCGAGCGCUCCUGGGUAGCUGGUGCCGACAACGAAUCAACUCAAGCUCCCAAGCCGCCCGAGCCCGGCCCGGGAUCGAGCUUAGGCUCGUCCAUUUGCAACUCCGACGUAGGACCAUCAGCAUCAGUGGUGGCAGCAGCGGUGGCAAGAGGGUUAUACACGCCAAACACAACAAAAGCUCGUGGUCGCGGUAACGGCGGCAAAGCGAUAAUCAACAACGACGACGAGGGCGACUCCAUCUUGCAAUGGGCAGACGAGCCGAGCGAGGAUGGGAUAGUCACAAAAAUAGAACGGUGGAAGAUGGAGAUGCAAAAGCCAAAUCACGGCGGAGGGAAAGGUGGGGGUGGUCAGGUGGCGGCGGGUGAGGGCACACGACACAAGCACAAGAACCCACACCCGCAUCUACAUCCACAGCACCGGCGAUCAAAAACAGAUGCGGGUGGGAGAUUAUUUAGGUGCUUUGGUAAGGCAUACGGGUUUGAGUUUACAAUUGUAUGUGGGUCCAACCAUGCGAAUGAUAAACAAAAUAAUAAGAAUGGAAAGAAAAAGUUGCGUCCUAAGACGACGACAUCAGACGGUGAUACCGAUAGUCAAUCCUACAUUAUUGUAUGAUUCUUUUUAAUCAAACGGCUCUUAAAUGUGGUGAUACAAAAAGGCCUUGGUUAACCGAUGUUGGCACACCUAUGUUUGGUAAACAAGCUCAGUUCAAUCAACAAUUAUAAGACCAUAAUCCCCAAAAGAUUUUAUGUAACAAUGGUGGGAUACCUAAAUUUUCUAGUUAGUUUUCUAGUUUAGCAACAAUUAUAAUGCUAAUCGUGUUUAAUGGAUCUUUAUGCAAGUUUAGGGAUUGCUGUAAAAAAUAUUGCAACGCAUAAUAUGGAUAUGGCUUGCUGCUAUGUAUUACGUACAACAUUAUAGCGUCAAGAAGAUUGGGUUUUGGGCAUAUAUGUGUGAAGCAAUGUACUAAAAUUAUGUAAGAGCGAUCAAGUGUGAGGUUGAGGGUUAUGCUCCUUUUUCUAGUUUUUUGAGGAUAAUAGAAAAAGCUUAACAGGAUUUAGUUUAUUUUGGUAGUAGUCAUGUUAAACGAGGGGGAAUAGUUGGAAUACCAUACCACAAUGGCACAAUUCCCCUAAUUUUGAGUUGAUGGGUUCUCCCUCCGUUUCUUUUUAUUUUUUACGUUUUCCUUUUUAGGUGUUUCAAAAUGUUAUCUACAUUUCCUUUUAGAGUA